UUAUCUAUUGCACACUGGGAGCCACUGACCUAGAGUCAAAUUCCUUGUAUUUUAACAUACUUGGCAAUAAAGCUUGAUUGAUGAUAGCGUUGAAAACAGAGGCUCUGUUUUUGUUUUGUUUUGUUUUAGAGUAUCUCUAGUUGAGAAUCCACACUAUAAUACAUCCUCAUUUGAUGAGAGUAAUGCUGUAGAUGACAGGCCCUCUAAUGCUCUAGUUAGUAGUAGUUAGCUCGUCUAUGAUAAGUAACAAUACAAGUCUGUAUAUACAGUGGUAAGUUUGCUGGUUAUAAGAGCACUCUGGUAAAAGGCACUUACAUUUUGAUUAAUAUUACUCUGUUUAUGCUUUUAAAUAAUGAGGUCUUCGUUGGUCAGACUAAACCCAAAAUUUAAAUGUACUUCUAAAUGUCAUAUACUGUAGCUUUUACAUGAACAAGCUGGUGGACUAGUUUAAAAAAGUGUUUGUGCUUCAACAACAGACCAGAAUUUACCGUUAUACUUUUAUAGGAACCUCAGACACACUUUUGUUUGUCAGUGUAGGUUCCAGAGGUCUGUGAGGUUAGUUAAUACAGUAGCGCUGUAACAGGAUUGGCGAUGUUAACCCCCAGGGACAUGGUUGCCAGCUUUUCCUUCCCCUGGCGGUGGGUCAGCAAACACAGGACUGCUGAUGGGUGGAGCAGGGUGGGAGGGGAUGCCUGGAAAGUGAGAGGAUCUUCUUAGUUUAGUGCAGAUUGCCGCAGUGACGGGACAACAGGAGCCAGAAGGAGCUUUAAAACAUCAGAGGAUUGGACAUUUCACACUGCAUCCAGUCCUGGAGUUCUUUUGUCUGAUCUGUUUUGCAUUCAUUUCAUUUCUGGGUGUCUACAUUUAUGGGUUGCUGACAGGACGUGGGACAGGCAACUCAUGAUGGCUGUGGUUCUGGAUGCAGUGUGGCUGAGAGUGAAGAAUGUCUGCAAACAGAAUGGACUCCUCAUCAUGUCUGUGCUGGCUGUGGUCACUGGGUGCCUUUUGGGAUUCUUCCUGAAGACACGACACCUCACAGAGCAGGAGGUGAAGUACUUCCAGUUUCCUGGAGAGCUACUGAUGAGGAUGCUGAAGAUGCUGAUUCUUCCACUUGUUGUGUCCAGUUUGAUGUCAGGACUGGCUGCCCUUGACGCCAAAUGUUCCAGUCGCCUCGGUCUGAUCACAGUGUCUUAUUACCUCUGGACCACCUUUGUGGCUGUGAUAGUGGGGAUCAUCAUGGCCUCCAUCAUCCACCCGGGUGGUGCAGCCCAGAAAGAAGACUCCGAGGGCAGUGGGAAGCCUAUCAUGAGUUCUGCUGAUGCUCUGCUAGACCUCAUCCGCAACAUGUUCCCUUCCAAUCUGGUCCAGGCCACAUAUCAGCAGUAUCGAACCAGUAGUGAAUACACUGUGAAGCCCAAGCCUGUGGUAAGUCAGACCCAAUCAGAGUCCACCACACGCCGAGUGCUCAUCUACAGUAUUCAGGAUGAUAAUAGAACUGACAUCCAGAACUUCGCCCUUGACCUGACUCCAGCCCCCGAUGUGCUCAUACAAACUCAGGAAGGAACAAGCGAUGGAAUGAAUGUCCUUGGGAUUGUUAUUUUUUCAGCCACUAUGGGUAUAAUGCUGGGAAGAAUGGGGCCAAAUGGCAGCGCCUUGGUGAACUUCUGCCAGAGUCUGAAUGAGGCCGUUCUUAGAAUUGUUGCCAUUGUUAUAUGGUACUUCCCAUUUGGCAUUGUGUUCCUGGUGGCAGGUAAGAUUCUGGAGAUGAGCGAUCCUUCAGCCAUGGGGAAGAAACUGGGUUUCUAUGCCGUCACUGUGGUGUUUGGUCUGGUGUUGCACGGCUUGUUCAUCCUGCCUGCCAUGUACUUCUUCAUCACUAAGAAGAGCCCCAUCGUUUAUAUCCGGGGAAUCCUGCAAGCCUUGCUUAUUGCCCUGGCAACCUCCUCCAGCUCUGCCACAUUGCCUAUAACCUUCAAGUGUCUCUUAGAGAACAACCAUAUUGACCGUCGCAUCAUCCGUUUUGUGCUCCCUGUGGGUGCCACCAUCAAUAUGGAUGGCACUGCUCUUUAUGAGGCUGUGGCAGCGAUCUUUAUUGCACAGGUUAAUAAUUAUGAGCUGGACUUUGGCCAGAUCAUCACUAUCAGCAUCACAGCCACUGCAGCCAGUAUUGGUGCGGCAGGGAUACCACAAGCUGGGCUGGUCACCAUGGUGAUAGUACUAACAUCCGUCGGGUUGCCAACUGACGACAUCACUCUCAUCAUAGCAGUGGAUUGGGCAUUAGACAGAUUCCGCACCAUGGUGAAUGUAAUGGGGGACGCUUUGGCCACAGGCAUCAUGGCACACAUCUGCAGGAAAGACUUCAUGAAAGAGGGAGAUGGGGUGCCUUUGAUCUGUGAGACAAAACCUGUGAUGAACACCCGACCUCUGAACUGUCACAACAGCAAUUACCGGCCCACUUCCUCUGGGAUCAGACCUAAGCUCAUCCCCCCCGACGUUGCUCAGCUCAUGCAGCUGGAGGAGGGCAUCCGGCCAUCAUCAGAAAGGAGGAAGUCCCGGAUUUCUCCGAGGCACCUGAAGAAGAGUAAAGAACACUGUACCAUUGACAUGAAUGGCCUGGAGACCAACGUGUAGCCUCUUCCUGGAGUUUGACGGAUUGUCUGUGUGGUUGUGCUGAUCAGAACCUCAGAACUGAUGACACCUGUAUGAGUAGAAGUGCAGCAUGGCCGAGCUCAUCGUUUUUCUUUCUGUAUAUUAUUGUUCCAAACGUUCUGGGGAUGAUAUGUCUGAGGAAAUCAUUUUAAUCUAAAACUGUUGAUUUUCCAUUGUUGUAGAAGUGAAAUGAUUUCUGUGAGACUGGAAAAGACUCAUGGUGGCAGUGGAACUGAUGACACAAAAAAGACUAUAUAUUUUUUGAUAAUUUUGUUCAACUCACCCUUGGUUUGAAUGUUCAAGGUGAGUCUGUGCUUAUUCUGAAUAUAGGUUUGAA